CUGCAAUCGUGAACUAUAUUAAAAAAUGUUUGGGCUAGUUGUGUGGCUGCUAUCACUUAGCAGUGUUAGCAGUAAUAUCAUAACAAGUGACGGUGGUGAAUGCAAUGACGGCUACACUUACACUACUAUAAAUAAUGGAGAAGUUAAUUGCCAGUUUGACACCAACGGUGGCCAGCGAGGAUUCUGUAGCUACUACUGUCAUAGAGGCUACGAUAUUCAUGGGCCCCACGUUGUGAACUAUCACGUUGAUUUGGGGUGGAACGGCAAGAAACCGAAAUGCUACCCAAUUCAAUGCCCAAAGAUCGAAGUCAUGAAUGGAGAUGUGAACUGCAGUGAUUUCAACUUUUUCAAAAGUCAAUGCCGUGUUUUCUGUCACCCUGGAUAUGAAUCGUCUGACGCCAACAUCACAUUAUUAACAUGUGGAGAGGAACGACAGUGGAGCCAGGCUAUUCCAAAGUGCAUAGGUCACGAUAGUAUCCAAGGUUCAAAGGGUGACAAGGGUGAUCGUGGAGAAAGGGGUGGCAGUGGUCUUCCAGGCAUGCCGGGUAAUCGUGGACCCAAUGGUCAAGAUGGUAUCCAAGGUCCAAAAGGUGACAAGGGUGAUCGUGGAGAAUUCGGUCGCAGUGGUCUUCCAGGCAUGCCGGGUAAUGCGGGACUAAAUGGUCAAGAUGGUAUCCAAGGUCCAAAAGGUGACAAGGGUGAUCGUGGAGAAUUCGGUGGCAGUGGUCUUCCAGGCAUGCCGGGUAAUCGUGGACCAAAUGGACUUGUUGGUCCUAAAGGUGAUCGUGGAGAACGUGGAUUGCCAGGAUCAGACGGUAAAUCUGGCACUAAAGGUGAAGCAGGUGCUCCAGGUGCAAAAGGAGAUACAGGAAUACAAGGUCCCGAAGGUCAUGAAGGUCCCGACGGUCCCCCUGGUCCCGUAGGUCUCCCAGGUCCAAAAGGUGACAGAGGUGAACCAGGUAACCAAGGUUUUGAUGGUCCUGUUGGUAUGCCCGGGCCUUCAGGUCCCCGUGGUCUUCCUGGCUCUGAUGGUACAACUGCUCCAACCGGUUAUUUAUUGGUGAGACACAGUCAAUCUCCAAAUAUUCCUGACUGCUUUUCUGGCCAGACGAAGCUUUGGGAAGGUUACAGUUUGUUGUAUAUUGAAGGCAAUCUAAGAACACAUUUUCAAGAUUUGGGAAGUUCAGGCUCCUGUUUACAUAGAUUCAGCAUUGUGCCAUUUGUAUCCUGCACUUCAAACAGUGGUUGCAACUAUGCAUCAACACGUGAUCGGACCUACUGGUUGACAACAAAUAAAACAAUGUCCAUAAUACCAGUUGCUGCAACAGAUAUCCAGCCUUACAUCAGUCGAUGUGUUGUGUGUGAAACAACAUCUAAUGUUAUUGCUGUUCACAGUCAGACCUUGGCGGUACCUGAUUGUCCAAGAGGCUGGUCAAGUCUUUGGACUGGCUAUUCAUUUGUAAUGCACGCAGCGGCAGGUUUAAGUGGCGGUGGGCAAUCCUUAUCUAGCCCUGGAAGUUGUUUUGGGGAGUUCCAUGCAACUCCAUUCAUUGAGUGUAACGGUGCUGGAGGCACUUGCCAACAUGUUGCCGACAAACGCAGUUACUGGCUUUCUACUAUAGAAAUUAACGAGCAAUUCAAUACCCCAUCCAGCCAGACCCUCAAGGCUGACAAUUUAAGGAGACGCGUUAGUCGGUGCGCUGUUUGCUCAAGGAUUGUGUAAAAAUGUUGAUCAUUUUAUAUCAUAAAUUAAUUGUGUUGUUAAAAUGUAUGUAUUUUUAUAACUGUUGCCAAGCACAUGAACGAUUUACUGUAUCGUCAUGUAGGUUUAGUAGAUUUUUUUUUUGGUGAAAAUUUGCUUUCUUUGUGAGAUUUGUAAUGUUUUAGUUUAAAUUUCAGCUUACAAGUAAGAUAAACUAUUAUUACAACUAUAACAAGUGAAUGGUAAAAUAUAACUAUAAUAUUGACAUCAUGGUUAAACGUGAUUAAAUGAGUAUCUGAAGAAAACAUGAGGUUAUCUGAUGAUUUAUUUCCACUGUUCGGUAAGAAGGAUGCCAAAAAUCUGUCACAGCAACUUAAAUUAUAAUAUUUGUCAAAGCUAAAUGGCGAUUGAUUCAUUGUUUUUGGAAACAGGUAUAAAUGAUCAAGCUUUCAUAAACUAGUAACGUUUUUCAUUUUUUUUUUAAUUUUUCAAAAACUCUCUCGAGAGAGAAUAAUUUGUUAUUUUAUUCUCAAAUUUGACCAUUAACAAAUAAGUGUACUCAUUUUCAAUCAAUUUCUUUAGAUGAAUAUGUUUUCAAUACUUGCAUUUAGCAUAAAGCUAAAAGCUAAUAUUUCACUCAGCUGUGGAUAAAUAUACCAUAAUUAUGCUGUAUUUUUUAAUGCCAAUUACUUUAAACUUCUGUGCAAAUAAAAACAAUAAUAAUCUA